CCGCAGGCCCCGCAGACUACGCCGGCCGGCCCCGGGCCUGGGGAUUUUGGCGGCAAAAGGGGCGGGGCAGACAAAGGAAGCCUAGCCAAUGCCCGCGCAAGCUAGCCUGGGCGACAGAGCGGGAAACCAGGCCGGGCGCACCUGCUGGCUGGCGGGCCCCAAUAAUAUCCCCCGCCGCCGUAGAGGAAGCGAGAAGUCCCGGGCCUCUUGGCGUUUGUGUGUCAACCACGCGGCGGGGUGUGCCUGCGCUGCUUCAGAGUCUUUGGGUGUUUUUGUUUCUUCCGCAAGCAGGUGGGCACGAAGUUAGCGCCGGGCCUGGGGUGUUUCUCGGCUACGAUGACGCGAGCGCGCCCCGUGUCGUUGGAUACCAUACCGGCCUCGCCGACGUUUCGGCGUUUGCCCGGGCAGUGUUGUGGCCCCGCGGGGCCAGCUUGACCAUGUCAGCUUGCUACGGCGGGAAUUUUGGGCGGGCGGCCCAUCGGCGCGCCGAAGACAGCCGCCCGGGGCAGCGAAGCCGGCAAAAGGACAGGGGCGCCGGGCCAGAACGAAGGGAAGCGAAGCGCCGCGCCCCGGCCCCUGUUUCGGGUGGUCUCCUGUGGUGGCCUCCUGGCCGAUCAGAACGCGGCGCCCUGGUAUUCCGGGCGCCCGCGAGUGCCAUGCGCCGCGCUGGGCGCCAGGCCCAUUGUGGUCAUCAUGCGCCCGCGAGUGUCAUGCGGCUGGCCUACAGUCCUCGCAACCCGGCCCAUUGUGGGCGCUGGGGUGUGUGCCCCGGCUUGGCCUACACCUGGCGCCACGCACGGCCUGCGGCCCCAUUCCCGGCGACCUGGCUCGGCUUCUUCCGUUUGCCACUGCAGACAGAGGCAGAAGCCUGCUCUCCUUGUAAAAGUAAAGCAGCAAGCAAUUUCAAG